CGUAUCCGGGAGCGCCGCCGCCGCCGCCGCCUUAAUCUACCGCACUGCGGUGGCCAUCUUGCUCAACUCUCCGCCUCAACUUUAUUUUUGCGCUGCGGCGAAUCUCACUCUCUCUGCACAUGACCUUCCGAGUGAAUUCGAUCGUCGACAGAAGUCAGGCGGCAGCAAACGCUCACCAAUCCCAAUCCUAUCUAGUUUGACAAUCCAUUGAGUGAGUGUGCUCCCAAUGUUUGCCACACAUCAGCCGACACGAAGCGAGGGGUGCGGAGCCGGCGAGCUGGGGCGAAGUAAGACCUUCCAUCACGCCCCACCAAGCCGACUACCACCGUCAACCACCCACCUUGUGCCAGAGCAUAUGUCCGCUCAUCUAGCUGGCCACUACCCGACAUACCAACAGUAUGAGAAGGGCAUGCCGCGUUCGCCGAGAAUAGAACAGCGGGGAAAUAGGCGCGAAAGAAGCGGCAUUUUUUUUUUGUCCAGACACUCUGCCGGUCGCAGCACGUGCGCGGCGAAAUUCACUGCUGCGGGGGAUCGAUAGAUGUUCUGCGUGGUUGGGAAAGUCAACUGGUAACCCCUCACUCCGGCCAAGGCAACUACAGUCAAAGCUGUCUGUCCAAAGAUGAAGUUCACGUAUGGAGCAGCACCUACACAACGUGUUCGGUGGACGGAGGAGGAGUCGCUGCUUCUUGCUGAGCUCUAUCUCUCGCAUGGUGUGACGCAGGGAGUGAAAGGCGGUAUGUUGGAGUCACUCGUUGCCACCUUCAACGAGCGUCUUGGCUACGACCAGCCCAACCACCCACGGUACCGCGACAAUAAGUCCAUUCAAAACCGCAUGUCCCGCCUUCGCACCAUGUGGCGCAGCCGGAGGAAGAAGGGCCCGCACGCCUAUGAUGCCUACGCCUCGGUCGAGGAGCGCCGCUUCCACAAGCGGAUCGACGACCUCCUCGAAAGGAUCGAAGACAAAAAAUGCUCAAACAGCGCGGUGCACCGGUCGGCCAAACGCAAACGCGGCACCUCGUCGCGCAAGUCUGUCUCGCACCGAGUCUCCUCGGUCUCCUCAGUCCAUGGCCGCCCUGGCAACUUUGCCCACCACCAGAGGAGCAUGUACCCUGCCUCGUCUGCCAUCCCGACCUCGCCGUACAUGGCUUCGUCCAUGACCGGCCUCCACUCGGGCCUUCUCCAACACCAACAGAGCCAGACAGGCAACCAGCAGGCUGCUGCUGCUGCUGCUGCCGCCGCCGCGUGGGCAAACCCCAUGCUCUCGUUCAUGUACGGCAUGGGCUCACCAGCCUCCUCCGCCGCCCCGGGCGCAGGCGCAGGCGCAGGCUCCGACCCGCAGCAGGCCAUGUACCUGCCUUUUGCCUACGCUCAGAUGCAGGCCGCAGCCUACGCCCGCUUUGCCAUGCAGCAGGCGCAGGCUGCGCAGGCUGCGCAGGCCGCGCAGGCCGCGCAGGCCGCGCAGGCCGCACACUCGACGUCACACGCCCCCUCAGCCGUCUCCAACGACGGCGCCUCCGCACCCACGCGCCCCGAGUACCUCGCCCACCCGUCGCAUCCGACCGCAUCCGUUGCCUCGGCCGCUCCCACUAGCCAUCUUGCGCCCACCGUGGCGCCCUCGGCUGAAAAGUCGCCCCUUGUUGGCGAUGCUACUGCCACAGGCUCGCCGUUCUUUGGCGACGCCGCCGCCUCGCUUGCCUCAAUGAUGCUGCCGUCCACCUCGCGUGAACGGUCGCAGUCGCCCACCUCGGCUCGCGCCACGGCCUUUGUGCCGCCCAUCGCCUCGUCAACCGGUCUUGAUCUUGGUGCCGGCUCCCUCGCGUCGAACAACAACGACGACGACGAGGGCGCCCCGCCGCUCAAGAAGGCCCGCGGUCUUGCCCCCUCCAAUGACGUCGCUCCGUCUCCCUCUACCUUUACCUUGCCUGGGAAGUCGAGCGGCUCACCCGCCCGGGAGCAGAACGCUGCUGACGUUCUCCUUGCACUCUCGUAAGUGAAUUCUUGCCCACUAUCAC